AUGUCAAGUGAGCCCUUGAUAAUUUCGGGCGAUUUUGACAUCCGUAUGCACCUACCUGUCGGAUAUACUGGAGUCGAUGGGUCUCACGCAGCAUAUUUGUCUACCACGCAUGAACUUGGUCAUACACUUGACUUGAUUAUCACUCCCACAUCUGAUAACAUCAUUGCUGCUUGCCCUUCUAUUGGUGAGUUAUUCUCCGACCAUUUUCCAGUCUUCUGUCAAAUAAGAUUUAAUAGCCCUCAAGCUAAUGUCACGCAUGUGCAGUUCAGAAAAAUGAAAUCAAUUGACCCCAACCAAUUUUCUGAGGCCAUUCCUUCUUCUCGGCUUUAUCAUGAUCCACCUAACGACUUAGACUCUCUAGUCAGCUGUUAUAAUGAGUCGUUACGGUCUCAACUGAAUAUGUAUGCACUUGUCUUAACUCGUGAGAUUAAUGUCAGGCCUCUUGCUUCGUGGUUCAAUUAA